CAUUCCCGGCCUGGGGACUCCUAGCUUGGCGCCGCUCCGCGCCACGGCCCAAAGCCCAGCCUGAGACCCAGCCGCCCUAGAGUGCCCAUGGCCCGGCUCCCCUUUCCUCCAGCAGACUGACUGGGAAAACCGACGGGGCGACGGCAGAGCAAGGACUCUCCACUCCUCAGUCACCUUGGAGAAAGAAGUGUGGAUCCUCAGAUUCCAUCUUUCCAACUUCAAGACAAGUGGAACUAGAAAAUAAGGUGCCAUGGCAGAGAAGGUGCUGGUAACAGGUGGUGCUGGCUACAUUGGCAGCCACACGGUGCUGGAGCUGCUGGAGGCCGGCUACUUGCCCGUGGUCAUCGACAACUUCCAUAACGCCUUCCGUGGAGGGGGCUCCCUGCCUGAGAGCCUGCGGCGGGUCCAGGAGCUGGCAGGCCGCUCUGUGGAGUUUGAGGAGAUGGACAUUUUGGACCAGGGAGCCCUACAGCGUCUCUUCAAAAAGCACAGCUUUGUGGCGGUCAUCCACUUUGCGGGGCUCAAGGCUGUGGGCGAGUCGGUGCAGAAGCCUCUGGAUUAUUACAGAGUUAACCUGACUGGGACCAUCCAGCUUCUGGAGAUCAUGAAGGCCCAUGGGGUGAAGAACCUGGUGUUCAGCAGCUCAGCCACUGUGUACGGGAACCCCCAGUACCUGCCCCUGGACGAGGCCCACCCCACAGGUGGCUGUACCAACCCUUACGGCAAGUCCAAGUUCUUCAUCGAGGAAAUGAUCCGGGACCUGUGCCAGGCAGACAAGACCUGGAACGCAGUGCUGCUGCGCUAUUUCAACCCCACAGGUGCCCAUGCCUCUGGCUGCAUUGGUGAGGAUCCUCAGGGCGUACCCAACAACCUCAUGCCUUACAUCUCCCAGGUGGCGAUCGGGCGACGGGAGGCCCUGAAUGUCUUUGGCAAUGACUAUGACACAGAGGAUGGCACAGGCGUCCGGGAUUACAUCCAUGUCGUGGAUCUGGCCAAGGGCCACAUUGCAGCCUUGAGGAAGCUGAAAGAGCAGUGUGGCUGCCGGGUAGGAAGAAAAGGGAAAAAUGAGGGAGGGGAGGGACCAGAUCCAGGCAGAGAGGCCCAGAGGGGUGGUCAGUCCAGCUCCUUCCAUAAACCCUGUUCUCUGCGGGGCAGAUCUACAACCUGGGCACGGGCACAGGCUAUUCAGUGCUGCAGAUGGUCCAAGCUAUGGAGAAGGCCUCUGGGAAGAAGAUCCCGUACAAGGUGGUGGCACGGCGGGAAGGUGAUGUGGCAGCCUGUUACGCCAACCCCAGCCUGGCCCAUGAGGAGCUGGGGUGGACAGCAGCCUUAGGACUGGACAAGAUGUGUGAGGAUCUGUGGCGCUGGCAGAAGCAGAAUCCUUCAGGCUUUGGCGCGCAGGCCUGAGGACCCUCCCCUACCAAGGACCAGGAAAAGCAGCAGCUGCCUGCUCUCUAGCCUCUGGCAGGAACCCAGGGCCCUAGAGCUGCUGGGGCCAAGCCACGGCCUCCCCUACCUCAAACCCCAGCUGGGCCCGCUCAUCUCACCAGGCAUGAGGCCAAGGGCUCCACUGACCAGGAGGCCGAGGUCUCUAACUCUUGUCUUCCACACGGUCCAAGAGUUCAUCAGGACCACCAAGAGCGAGUGAGGGGGCAAGGCUCUGGAACAAAACCUCCUCCUCCCAGGCACUCAUUUAUACUGCUCUGAAAGAGCUUUCCAAAGUAUUUAAAAAUAAAAACAAGUUUUCUUACACUGGG